CGUAACGCGUGCAUCAAAAAGGCCGUCUGUUUUUCCCCAGGUUGUUCCCCCAAAAAGAGCAUCGGCAAUUUGGCACAUUUUGACAUUUUCAGGCUCAACCCUGCGGAACUUGCGCUUUCCGAGACCAAUAGUCGUCGUCACACCAGGUCUCCCGUCGUUUUCCGACUUCACGGCAACAUGCGAAGAGCUUGUCCGCGAUCUGUCACCCCGUUGCUUCCCCUAUGGCGACUUCCACGGCAAGGGAGAGCCGCCUUUGCGACCGCCUCCGCUUUGCCGCCAACUCAGCAGAUUUUUAAUCGGUCAGUCAAGAAGUUGCAAAGAGACAGGGCCGCUCUAAGACCGGAAAGUCGAGAUGUUGACUACAUCCGAGACGAAGUCGCGGACCGUGUCGUGGACCGCCUGCUGGACAUCAAACGGCGCUUCUCGAAAGUCGUGGACUUGGGUUCCGGAGCGGGUCAUAUCGUGAAGUUUGCGGAGAAGGACAUGAUGGACAAAUUGAUCAUGUUCGACAUGUCAGAAAAGAUGUUGUAUCGGGAUAAAGAUGUAAAAUACGAAGUUCCGGUUGAGAGGAUAGUCGGAGACGAAGAAUGGCUUCCAUUCGAGGAAAACAGUCUGGACGCCGUCAUCAGCAGCUUGAGCUUGAACUGGGUGAACGACAUUCCAGGGACGCUGAUACAAAUUCAGCGCGCGCUGAAGCCGGAUGGACUGUUUAUCGGCGCUAUGUUUGGGGGUGAAACGCUCUUUGAGCUAAGAACAGCGUUGCAGUUGGCUGAGAUCGAUCGGGAAGGUGGCGUUUCGCCACAUAUAUCGCCUAUGACCGAUAGUCGAGAUGUCGCCGCUCUACUUCAGAGAGCCAAGUAUAACUUGAUCACCGUUGAUGUCGAUGAGAUUGCCGUAAGCUACCCAUCGAUGUUCGAGCUUAUGGAUGAUUUAAGGGCGAUGGGAGAAAGCAACGCCAUAAUGGCAAGGAAACCUUUCCUUUCCCGAGACACUCUCCUAGCGGCUGCUGCCGCGUACAAGGGAAUCUAUGGCCAAGAGGAUGGCUCAAUACCGGCCACAUUUCAAAUAAUAUACAUGAUUGGAUGGAAGCCUGAUCCAUCACAGCCGAAGCCUUUACCACGAGGUUCUCAAGAAGUCUCCUUCAAGUCUUUAGAGCAAGGAGGGAAGGUACCCUCAAAGAAGUGAACAAGCCAUUAUAUACAUACUGCAUCUCCAGCAU